UUUACUAACUAAUUAUUAGUUAAAUUUAACUCUUCACUUAAAAACACUUUAUCAUUUGUCAAAGAGCUUAAAUAUCCAUCCCGGAUAUAAAAUAAUACCACCCAGCAUUUUUCGUUAGAAAAAAGGCACUGUACUGACAAAAUCGAAAUAAAAUAUUCGAUCCCUUCCGCUCACCACCCCGCAUCUGGAGGAGCUUCAGUGCUUCACCACCUCACUCGCUGUCGCUCCCAGCCUCGAGUGCUCGCUCACUCCAGUAGUGGCGGCGAGAUGCGGAGACAGAUCCCUCCCGUCUCCUGCCUCGUACUCCUCGCGGCGGCUCUCGCCGCGGCGUCUGCAGCGUCGCCGACGCCGGCGGCCGUCGCGGUCAACGUCACGGGCGUGCUGUCGGCGUUCCCGGACCUCAGCGACUUCACGCGCCUGCUGGCGUCCAGCCCCGUGCUGGCGGAGCUCGCGGGGCGGUCGUCGCUGACGCUGCUGGCCGUGCCGAACGGCAACCUCCCGCAGUCGCCGUCGGCGUUCGCGGCCGCGUCGGGCGCCGACCUCGCCGACGUCCUCCGCUACCACGUCCUCCUCGAGUACCUCGCCCCCGCCGACCUCCGCCGCCUUCCCGCCUCCGGGAAGCUCGUGACCACGCUGUUCCAGACCACGGGCCGCGCCCCCGCGGACCUGGGCGCCAUCAACGUCACCGCCGCGGGCGCCUCCCUCGCCGUCGUCCGCUCGCCAGCACCGUCUCCCGUUUCGAACGCCACCGUCCUCGGCGCCAUCACCGCGGUGCCGUACAACCUGAGCGUGCUGGCGGUGAGCGGCCUCAUCGUCCCCACCGGGUUCGACCUCGCGGCGUCCGAGUCCCGCCCGCCCGCGGCCGUCAACAUCACCCGCGUACUCGCCGACGCGCGCGCCUUCAACGUGGCGGCGUCGAUGCUGGAGGCCUCGGGGGUGGCGGCCGAGUUCGAGGACGACGAGCGCGGCGCCGGGAUCACGGUAUUCGCCCCGACCGACGACGCCUUCGCGGGCCUCCCCGCGGGCGACCGCCUGCAGUCGCUCCCCGCCGACCGCAAGGCCGUGGUGCUCCGCUUCCACGUGCUCCACUCCUACUACCCGCUGGGGUCGCUGGAGUCGAUCGUGAACCCGGUCCAGCCCACGCUGGCCACCGAGUUCAGCAACGCCGGCCGCUUCACCCUCAACAUCACCCGCGCCAACGGCUCGGUCGCCAUCGACACGGGCGUCGUGCAGGCCACCAUCACGCGGACCGUCUUCGACCAGAACCCCGUCGCCGUCUUCGCCGUCUCCAAGGUCCUCCUCCCCAAGGAGAUGUUCACCCGCACAGCAAGCGGCGGCGGAGGCGGCGACGACUCCUCCAUCGUUGCCGCCACCGCCGCCGCGUCGUCGCCCCCGCCAGCCGCGACAGCCCCGGAGGCCUCCGAGAGCGCGCGGACGCCGCCGACAAAGCUCUCCUCCCCGCCCGCGCUCCGCGGCGGCGGCGGGCAAGACUACGACACGGCGUCGGCGCGAGGGAUCGGAAUCGGGUGGUGGUGGUGUAUAGCAUUGGUGUAUCUACUUCCACAUCUGGUAUGAGAUCCGGGACGACUUGGUCAGUCCAUCUCCAUUGCCAUUCCUCUUGUGCUCAAUUUUUGCCUUUUUUUCUUUUUCUUUUUGUUUUUCUCUUGUCUUUUUUUUCUUUUCUUAUUUGGGUUUUGCUAGAAUGUGUACACUGGGAGGGAGAUGAAGUGAGGUGAGGGAGAAGAAGAUUGAGCUGCGAAAACAAAAGAAAAAUGCAGCAAAGCAACCUUUUUAAGUAAGAAGAAAACAGAAUUGGUUAUUGGCCUUCAUCAAAAGGGGAAUAACAGUACCGCCCUGUAAAAAUCCAAUCAAAAUCCAUUGCAUUCCUUUGCUCCA